AUGGGAUACGACGAUUUUAACAGGUACCCCAAUUUCAAGCCGGUUGAUCAUUUAUACGAGUCGAGGUUACGGCAAUUUACCAAUACUGGAGGCCAGUAUGCUCAUUUGAAUUUACCCCGGUUUUACGAUAUUCAUCGUAAAGAAAUUGGCAAUUUGAAAUCAUGGAGAGUUCCUGAUAAAAAUAACAAGACCCAAAGACCUUUGUUUAGGGAUAUUGACUUUGGAAACGUGAAAUGGGAAAAUAUCGGGCUAGGUUACAGUUUUGGUCCUAGUUGGAAGACUUUUUGGGUUAAAUUUGAGUUGGAUAUACCGGAAAACUGGCUCAAAUACGAAACGUUGGAGAUCGAUUGGGACUCCAGCUCAGAAGCUUUGAUUUAUGAUGCUAAGGGCUUGCCAUUGCAGGCUUUCACCGGUGGCGGACAACGGAAUUUAUUUGAAAUUCCCAAGCAAUUUAAAAAAACUGGGAAACAGUUGUUUUAUAUUGAAGUCGCGUGCAACGGGAUGUUUGGCAAUGGAGCAGAGGGUGAACCUGAUCCAAAUAGAUAUUUCAGAUUAAACAGGGCCCAUUUGGUGGUGCCCAAUAUGGAGGCAAGGAGAUUAUUCUGGGACUUUUGGAUCAUAAGUGAUGCUGCAAGAGAGUUCCCUGGCGGCUACUGGCAAAAGCAUCAAGCCGCUGAUGUGGCUACCAAGAUAAUGAACAGCUUUGACCCACAAGAUGUCAACUCUAUUACCAAAUGUCGUGAACUAGCGACAAAAAUUUUGGGAAAACAAAUCAAUUCAGAAGAUGUGUUUGAUACUUUUACAAAUGAGGAAAAAAGAGUUGACGUGUUUGGUGUGGGCAACUGCCAUAUCGACACUGCUUGGGAGUGGCCAUUUGCAGAAACAAAACGGAAAAUUGUACGUUCCUGGACAACUCAAUUGAAGAUUGCUGAAAAAUAUCCUGAAUAUGUCUUUGUUGCUUCUCAAAUGCAACAAUUUAAAUGGUUGAAAGAAUCGCAUCCAAAAAUUUUAAAAAAAAUUCAUGCAAAAUUCACAACUAAUCAAUUUAUUCCAUUGGGUGGAUCAUGGGUUGAAAAUGAUACAAACUUGCCAAAUGGAGAGAGUUUGAUUAGACAAUUUGUCCUUGGACAGAGAUUUCUUCUUGAUGAAUUUGGUUUCCAGUCGAAUAUAUAUUGGUUGCCUGAUACUUUUGGUUAUAGUUCACAAAUUCCUCAAAUUUGUCAAUUAGCUGGUAUCGAUCGAUUCUUGACCCAGAAGUUAUCAUGGAAUAAUAUAAACACGUUUCCAUUGUCUACAUUCAACUGGAAGGGAAUCAAUGGGUCGCAAGUAUUGGUGCACAUGCCUCCGGCAAACACUUAUACAGCAGAGGCCCAUUUCGGUGAUGUUAUGAGGUCGCAACGUCAACAUAAGAACUUGAGGGAUGUACCUACUGGAUUGUUAUUGUACGGACAUGGUGAUGGAGGUGGUGGACCAACUGAAGAAAUGAUUGAAAAGUUGAGAAGAUGUAGAGGUUUAAGUAAUGAAUGUGGUGGGCUACUUCCUUCGGUUGCAUUGGGCGUUUCAAUUGAUGAGUUUUACGAUCAUAUUUUGGCAAAGUCAAAUAACGGUGCUACAUUACCAACCUGGACAGGUGAAAUUUAUUUGGAAUUCCAUCGUGGUACAUAUACUGUGCAAGCACAAAUUAAGAAAUUUAUGAGACUAGGUGAAAUAAAAUUGCACGAUUUGGAAUUAAUUGCUGGAAUAACGAGCUUGGUCAUUGAUGACUAUAAAUAUCCUGGUAAAGAGAUUCAAGAGUUAUGGGAGGAUUUAUGUUUGUGUCAGUUUCAUGAUGUCUUGCCCGGUAGUUGUAUUGGUAUGGUUUAUUAUGAAGAGGUUUUCCCCAUGUUGGGUAAGUUAUUGGAAAGGGCAAACAAGUUGAUUCGUAGUGCCCUUGAUGUAUCGAGAAACAAAAAGGGGGCCAAUGAAAAGGAGUUGGUAAAUACCUUGAGCCACAAUAGAAGAAAUGAAAUUGUUGAAAUUGACAAAAGCGAGUAUCCCGAUUUGUUUGAGAGUCUAGUCAGUAAAGGUCAUUCUACUGUUGGUACAAACGACGACAAGAAGAAGAAGAUCAAAAUCAACGUCGACAGUAUUGAUGGCAAGACCACGAUUCAUAAGAAGGUAAGGUUCCCUUCGAGCGUCAAGGUUACCGAUGAUGGCGGUUAUACAUUAUCCAAUGGGCUAUUAGUUGCACAAAUUUCGUCAACUGGUAUUAUUACUUCGCUUUAUGAUACAGUUGCAGAAAGGGAGAUUAUAGAUUCUUCGGCUACAUCUCAAACAAAACAAGAGAAUAAGUAUGUUGGAGGCAAUCAGUUCAUUUUAUUUGAUGACGAGCCUUUGAAUUUCCCUGCUUGGGAUACCGAAUUGUAUUCAUUGGAGAAGUUCACUUUGCUCGAUGCUUCUAAAACAAGGAUUAUCGUAGAUAAUCCAUUAGAAUCCUCCAUUUUAGUGACACAUGAGAUUUCCCCCAACUCUUUUAUGGAAACGGUGAUUUCUUUGGCAGGUGUCAACGAUGUCAAUACAGCCAACAACUUCAUCAAGUUUUCGUCAAAAGUGCAAUGGCAUGAAACUUACAAGUUCCUCAAGGUUCAAUUUCCUACUACUAUCAAUUCGGCUCUUGAAGCUAAUUACGAGACUCAGUUUGGUAUUACCAAGAGACCAACUCACUAUAAUACUUCAUGGGAUGUAGCAAAAUUUGAAGUUUGUCAUCAUAAAUUUAUGGAUUUGAGUGAACACAACUAUGGUGUUUCCAUUUUGAACAAUGGGAAAUACGGUGGCUCUAUACAUGGCAACUUGAUGAGAUUGAGUCUAUUAAGAAGUGCCAAGGCCCCAGAUAAUCGCGCAGAUAUGGGUGUUCAAAUGUUUGAAUAUGCAAUUUAUCCACAUAGAGGUAGUUUAGGGAUUGAUACUGUUCAUGCUGGGUAUAAUUUCAACUACAAGUUGAUUCCUAGUAAUGCAGAUACGAAUAUCUUCAAUGCAAUAAGGUUAGAGCAACAGGAAGGUGGGUCAUUAGUGUUGAGUCAUAUCAAACGUGGUGAAAAUGAUAUCGAUGUGAGUCAAUAUGCUUCAUUAACUAAAGAGGAAAAAUCCAUAGUUGUCAGAGUUUACGAAUCUCUUGGUGGUGAAAGUAAAGGGAAGUUGAUUAUUGAUGAGAAAUUGUUUCAUGUUGAUAAAAUUGAAAAGACAAAUGCUUUAGAAAAUGAAGUUAUUGAAAAGGUAAAGAUUGAGAAGGGGAAUGUUGUUCCAAUUACACUAAAGGGAUUCGAAAUCAGUACUUAUAAAAUUUUGUUAAAGUAG